GCAACGUGGAGCAGAUGGAGGCGGUGGCGCGCGGAAUGGAGGCGCGCGGAGUGUCCCCGGACCUGUUCACGUACAACGCGCUCAUCGGCGGGUACGCGCGCGCGGGGCGGUGGCGCGCGGCGAUUGGCGUGUACGAGCGCGUCCGCGAGGACGAGAUGGUGGAGCCGGACCGCGUGACGUGCGUCGAGAUGGCGAUGAUGCUCGCCGCCGCGAAACAGCCCAUCCCGCUGCGCGCCGUGCUGGACGACAUGCUGGCCCUGCGCAUCCCCGUGGACGCGAAGCUGCUGGAGCGCGCAGUGCCAGUGCUGGCGCGGGGGGGCGAGCACGCAGUCAUCACCGCUCUGCACCGCUCUCUGUGCCAGGAGGGCGUGAAGCUGCCCGCAUCCCUGGCGGUGGCGUGCAUUAACGCGUACGGCGCCCUGGGCAUGCCGCAGCACGCGGAGGGCGUUUUCCAGGCGCUGCAGCAGCAGCAGGGGCGCGUGGAGGACAGGCGCGUGUACGUGGGGCUGCUGAGGGCGUACGCGAGCAACGGGCAGAUGCGCGAGGCGGAGGGAGUGGUGCAGGACAUGCUUCAGGGAGGGGUGCGGCCCUCCACUGGAUGCUUCCUCGCGCUGCUGGACGGGUGGUCAGUCAUUGCAGCGAGCAACGGGCAGAUGCACGAGGCGGAGGGAGUGGUGCAGGACAUGCUGCAGGGAGGGGUGCGGCCGUCCACCGGCUGCUUCCUCGCGCUGCUGGACGGGUGGGUUGUUGGUGGAAAAUUGGGGAGACUGGGAACCUGGGGUGGGAAAGAGGGGCCGGAGGGAGUGGUGCAGGACAUGCUUCAGGGAGGCGUGCGGCCGUCCACUGGAUGCUUCCUCGCGCUGCUGGACGGGGAGCAUGAGAUGCGCAAGGCGGCGGAGCGCGUGGUGUGGUGGUGCAGUGCAGUGCAGGACACGCUGCAGGGGGGCGUGCGCCCCUCCGCUGGCUGCUUCCUUGUGCUGCUGGAUGGGUGGGUUGGAGAAAAGGGGAGGGGGGAAAUGGGUGAGUAUGAGGAGCACAGAUUCGACGUGGCUUGCCGGCUUGCCGCUUGCAGAGCAGAAGGCGUGCUUGAGCAACUUUUGCGGCGCCUCAUAAGGCGGCGUGCUGCUUGCAGCCUCAAAGGGAUUGAACUGUACUGUGUUGAACAGCAGCUCUACUGGGAUGGGAGGAGAGCUGCUGCCCGCCGCCUGCAGCUUUUGUCCUCCUACCCCGAUCGAUCCUACACCCGACUGGGCGAGUUCGGGCUAGCAGAGGGCGAGCGGAGUACAAUACAUGCGAGAGCUACAGACAGCUCACACCCGACCCUUCCCUCUCUUCUUCCCUCCCCUCCUCGCAGCUACACCCGUUUGGGCGAGUUCGGGCUAGCGGAGGGAGUCCUUGAGUACAUGCGAGAGUUACAGCUAACUCCCGACCCUUCCCUGCACCUGGCGCUCAUCUCCGCGUAUCUCUCCGCCUCCCACCCCGCAUGGGCGCACUCCGCCCUCUGUGAUCUGCUGGCGGAGCACCCAGCCUUCCAGCCGCCUGUGGAGGUGGUUGAGGGGAUCAUGGCGGGGUAUUUAGGGGGGGAGGGGGAAGGGGGGGUGGCGGAAGGGGGAGAGGCGGAGGGGAAGGGAGAGGGCGUGGGUUUGGAUGGAAGCAAUGCCGCGCCUGCUGCUGCUGCUGGUUCUGCUGACUCUGCUGCUGCUGGUGCUGCUGACCCCCCUGCUGCUGGUUCUGCUGCAGCUGCAGCAGCAGCGGAGGCGGUGUUGCAAGUGGCGGUGAAGCGAGGCGUGGAGCCCUCUAAUGCGUGCCGGCAGCUGCUGCUGCGCGCACGACUGGUGCAGGCGGAAGAGGGGGAGAGGGGCACGGGAAAGGAGAGAGAAGAGGGAGGGGAGGGAGGGGAGGGAGGAGUGGAAAAGGGGGAAGGGAAAGAGGGAGCAGUGAGUGUGGUGGAGGCAGCUGAGAAUGCUGCAGGUGGAAAGGUAGCAGAGGAGAGUAUUAAGACUGUAGAGAAUGGAAAGGCUGCAGCUCCAGAGACGCAAGUCGAGAGCGCAGCAGUAGCAGGUGCAGAGGAGAGCACUGUUGCUGGUGCGAAGAGUACAGUUGCAGCAGAGGAGAGUGCAGUAGCUGUUGCAGGAGCUGCAGUGGUGGAGGUAGAGAAGGAACUGGAUGCGCCUGUUAUUACAGGUACAGGGGAGGCAACAGCGACCGCAUCGCAUGCCACAGCCGCGGAGGUGACUGGAAAGGCAGCAGCUGUAAAGGUGGCUGAAACGGCAGCAGCUGUUAAGGUGGCUGAAACGGCAGCAGCUGUUAAGGUGACUGAAACGGCAGCAGCUGUAAAGGUGACUGAAAAGGCAGCAGCUGUAAAGGUGUCUGAAAAGGCAGCAGCUGUAAAGGUGACUGAAAAAGCAGCAGCUGUAAAGGUGACUGAAAAAGCAGCUGUAAAGGUGACUGAAAAGGCAGCAGCUGUUAAGGUGACUGAAAAAGCAGUAGCUGUAAAGGUGACUGAAAAGGCAGCAGAUGUCAAGGUGACUGAAAAGGCAACAGCACCAGAGAAAAUGGCAAAACCUGCAGAGUUGACAGAAAAGGCGACAGCUGCAGAGGUGGGAGGUGUGCUCUCUAGCACAGAAGCUACUGAGCAGACCCGGGAGGAGUCCUUGCUCCUGAUGCUUCAGAAGGGUUUUACGGUGGGGGAGAAGCAGGUGGUUGCAGAGCUGGAAGCUGCAGGUUUGGUGGGAGGGGAGGAGAGUGAAAAAGGGGCCGUGGGAGGAGUGGCGGUUGGUGGUGGUGGGCCUGCUGCUGUUAUGACUCUGUGGAAGACAUUCAUCAUGCAUCGCUGGUGCUCACUCUCAUGGCAUUACCCUCUUCCCUCCUAUUGCUACCAAUUUGCAUGCAUGCUCUUUGCAAGCUCAUAUCACAUCAUAUCAUCCUUCCCUCCCCCUGUUUCACUUUCCCCCUCUGCUGCCCUCCAAUUUCCACUUCUCCCUCUCCACCCGUUUCCCCUGAGGCACGUGCAGUCUCUCCGGAGCAUCCCCAACUUUCAGCCAACAGUGGCCAUGUUUGUUCCAGUCAUCAAGAACAGGGCUCUAGCUGGAGAUUUCCCCUCCCUCUGCUCGAUUAUGGCUGACCUAAGGGGGCUUGGGCUCAUUCCGUCUGAUCAGGUAUUUGCUGCGUUACGACUGGCGCCUCUAGAGAGCGCCGGUGCUAAAACGAGUGCUGCUGUAACGAGUACAGCUGUGGCGGAAGCGUCUAAAGAGGUGGUUUUGGAGGGUGGGAGCGGUAAAGGGGAAGGAGGAGACGGAGGUGGUGUGAAGCAGAGAGUGAGUGGGAAGGGAAAGUACAGGAGGAAGGCCUCUGAGAAGAAAGACGAGAGGGAUGAGGAGAAGGAUGUGCGGGGUGAGAAGAGCGAAGGGAAACCUGUGGUUGUUAAGAGGGAGGUGGAGGCUGGAGGAGAAGUUGAGGCUGUUGAACAGAAGGGGAGGGGAGAGGUAUUGGAACCCAUGAAAGUGGUUGCAGAAGAGGGAAACAAGCAAGCUGAGAUUGAGAUGGUGGUGAGUGUGGGGAAGUUCUCGGUUGAAAGAGAAGAUGAGACAGGAAUAGAGAAGAAGCGGCUCGAUACCAGCAUUGAUCAGAAGGAUAGGAAACGCACUGAGAAGACAGUGCAAGCACAGAGGUUGGACGUUGGUGCAGUAGAAAAUGCAAGUGGGAGCGGAGGAGAAACAAUGCAGAAGCAGGAAGAGAUGAUGGGGAACGUCGUUGAGAAGGCCGGGAGGGAGAAAAAUGGGAGGAAGAGGGAUUUGGAAAAGGUUGGCUUGGGCAAAGGAGCCCUUGCGAAUGUCAAGGGUUUUGGACCUUGGAGUAAAGCAACCAAAAAGGCAGGCAAAGGUUUUGGCAAGACUGGUGGCAAGGGCGUUAGGAAGGAGCAGAAACUGAAGGAAGACAUGAAUGUCGAGAUCGCUAGGGAAGCAGCACAUGUGGAGACAGUUGUGGAAACUGUGGCCUAG